AUGUCUUUCCUUCAUAAUCAUUCUUGUGAGUGCGUUAAGUCAGAAUUGGAUUUGUUUGCACUACCGUCUACACAAACUAGCAUUGAAAAUGGAUUGUGGAUUCAUUAUAAACCAAUUUCAUCUCUUGGUGAUGAUGGACCUAUCGAGUUUCAAGUUCCUGGGACCGGCGAUGACUACAUAGAUUUGUCUCAUACAUUACUCCACAUAAAGGCAAAAGUAUUAAAUCAAGAUUCAACUAACUUGGUAUCUACUACAAUAGUAGCACCUGUAAAUAAUUGGCUGCAUUCACUUUUUAGUCAACUUGAUGUUUAUUUAAACCAAAAACUUGUAUCACCACCUAAUAAUACCUAUGCAUAUCGAGCAUACAUGGAAACCCUUUUAAACUAUGCCCCUGCUGCUAAACAAUCUCAUCUUACUUGUAGUCUUUGGUAUGAGGAUACAGCAGGAAAAAUGGAUUCUACAGAUGGUAAAAACAUAGGAUUUGUUAAAAGACAGGAAUUGAUUAGUGAAAGUAAGGAAAUAGAAAUGAUUGGUCAUCUUCACGGUGACAUUUUUAACCAAGAUAAAUUUUUAAUUAAUGGUGUUGAAAUGAGUGUUAAAUUGGUUCGAUCAAGAGAGAGUUUUAAUUUAAUUGUUGGGUCAAACGAUGUAAAGUUUAAAGUUUGCAUUACGGACGCAACUCUUAUUGUUCGACGAGCACGAAUUAAUCCAAGUGUAUUACUCGCACAUCAAAAAGUUUUAGCUUCUACCACUGCUAAAUAUCCUAUUACUCGAGCUGAAGUAAAAGUUUUAACAAUUCCUUCGGGCGUUCAAGGAAAAACUCUUGAUAAUAUAUUUUUAGGACAGGUACCGAAAAGAUGUAUAAUUGGAUUUGUGAACAAUUCUGCAUUUAAUGGUUCCCUUACUAAAAAUCCAUUUAACUUUGAAAACUAUGGUAUUAAUUCUUUCAGCUUAUAUAUUGAUGGUCAACAAAUACCUUCAAAAGCUUUGCAACCAUCUUUUAAUAAUAGCAUAUUUACAUCAGCAUAUCAUACUCUAUUCUCGGGAACUGGUAUUCACUUUCUUAAUGAAGGAAAUGGAAUCUCUUGUGAACAGUAUGGCAAAGGUUACUGUCUAUUAGCAUUUGACUUAACUCCUGAUUUAUCAGCUAACUCAUCAACUCAUUGGAAUCUCAUAAAGCAUGGUAGUGUAAGAAUAGAAGUACGAUUUGAAUCCUCAUUAAUACAAACAAUUAACUGUAUAGUUUAUGCUGAGUUUGAUAAUAUUAUUGAGAUAGAUAAAAACAGAAAUGUUACUGUAGACUAUAGUAGUUAA